AUGACAUCUCCCGCAGACUUGGACCUCUGGCACAGUUAUCUUCGUGAGCUGAAAAAGAUCUUCGAAGAUAAUGGCACAGAAGACGACCUCAGAGUGUAUGCUGCACCACUAACUAGUAUUGGAAUCUCCAUUGGUCAAAGUAUUGAUCCGCAGAUUGUCAACCAUGAUUUGUUCCGCAUUGGCGACUUGUUGUUGCCGGCCAAGAAUCCAGUGUUCAUGCCUGGCCCGAGCUACUCGCAGCGCUUGCUGCGCUAUUUGCAAGCAGCUCAAGUGCCUCCAGGACGACAAGAUGCAGCAAGUCUCAAGGCUUUGAAUGAUGCGAAUGCAUCUCUCGCCACCCAAACAGACGCAUUUCUCGCUUGUCGUCGACAAGCCUAUGCCCUCUAUAAGGAAGAUCCAGAAUUCGACAAAUUUUCUUUUAAUGAAUGGGUGAAAGAAUGCUACCCCCCGUAUGCUCAGGCCCAGUCAAGCAAAGAUGCGGUCUCCCAAUUGGCAUAUCAAGCAUCACAGAAUUACUAUGGUGCUCAAACCGAUCAAUUGUGGAAUGACAAAGCUAAAGUCAGCAAGGCAUUCAGUGAAGUUGCAUGCCCGACAUAUAACAUGCCUACUUCCAUAGCACAAGUUACCCAAGCACAAGUAGUAGGACACGCCAGCCAACUACCAAUCAAUCCAGCAGACAUCAAAUAUGAACCACGCUAUACGAUUGACUCAACUUUCAUGAAUAUUGUCACGAAUUGGGUCCAAAAUGCAUUCAACAAACACAAUGAGCCUUUCAUCUUGAAGUUCAGGGCUGGAGGGACUCCCAACAAUAUCGCAGACGGCCUCAGAAGUGGAUUCAUGGACGUUGGAUUUUCAAACAAAAUCACCUUUGACAAAGACACCGUCGCUCCUAUACUGCCGUUAUUCACCGCUAGCUAUGACGAAAAGCCAGUGGACGAAAACGUGCCCAACCUACAGGCAGGUGUAGGUCGGAGCACCAAAUCCUUUGCCACCAUCACGAUUCAAGCCUCUGACGCAAAAGUCUUUGCUAUUUCACCAGAUCAAUCAUGGAAUAUUCCAGACGUCGCUUCUCGCUACAACCUCUCCCCCACUGCUCCGCCCGACCUCUUUGAACCAUUGGUUCUCGUCUCCUACGCACUCCUUGGUUACAUGGUCAGCAUCAAAAUCCAGACCGAUCAAGCACUCUAUAACACCAUUGACCAAGGCCUAACCAAAGCUCAGAAACUCAACGGGAAAGCGACAUUAUUCGGACUGAAUGUGGGGGCAGAGUCUUCAAACUCGGUGGUUGGCUUUGAUGAAAUAGCACGGGAUGGGACGCAGACGUUCACCAUUCCGCCGAGGGAUAAUUCCCAGUUAACGUUGCUGGGAUUAAUGGGCAAGAUGCUGAAAACUAGCCCACGAAGUUCCAGUGAGCCUACAAAGUGA